AUGCUAGACUGUUCCGUUGACUUGGUUAGGCUGUACAAUACUGUGCGACUGUAUGUCGAGGAUUAUUCUGGAACCUCGGAAUUGCUGGUGAGCAAGUUUCUACAGUACGUGAACGAUACGCCAUGGUACUUCAUGCUGAGAGAUUACUUGUUCAUUACUUUUGUAUUCCGUGUUCUUGUAACGGUUUACCAUACUCUGGUUUGGUACGGUAUACGCGGUUCGUUACUGAACGUUUGGCGGGCUGCGUCUCGGCGUGUCUUCCAGUGGUUGCUGAACUCACCAGUGCUUAGAUCGAGGGUUGAGAAAGAGGUUUCGAAGAGCAAGAAGAUGAUAGAGCGUGAAUUGAUCAAGGAUGACGAGCGCAUUAGUGAUUUUCCCGAGUUGCCCGAAGAAGGUUUAUCUUCUGAUGUAAUUUUAGAAGAGCUGGACCGACUUAAGACGUUUUUGCCGCACUCCAAAUGGGAAGACGGGAAAGUUUCAGGUGCAGUCUACCAUGGUGGUUCAGAUUUGAUCCACCUACAAAGCCAGGCGUUUGAAAAGUACUGUGUGGCAAACCAACUACACCCAGACGUGUUCCCCGCAGUGCGGAAGAUGGAGGCCGAGGUGGUUGCUAUGACGUUAAGGAUAUUCCAUGCCCCUGAAGAGACCGGGUGUGGGACGACUACCUCCGGUGGUACUGAGUCCCUGCUUUUGGCCUGUUUGAGUGCCAAGAUGUUUGGUUUGAGACACAAGGGGAUCACAGAACCGGAGAUGAUUGUGCCAGUCACUGCUCAUGCAGGGUUUGACAAGGCGGCGUACUAUUUUGGGAUCAAAUUGCAUCACGUCGAGUUGGAUCCAGUGACUUUCAAAGUGGAUUUGAGGAAAGUUCGUAGGUUUAUUACCAAGAACACUGUUUUGUUGGCCGGGUCUAUGCCCAAUUUCCCACAUGGGAUCGACGACGAUAUCGUUGGGUUGGGGAAAUUAGCACAGAGUUACAACAUCCCAUUGCACGUCGACUGCUGUCUCGGGUCUUUCAUUGUGGCAUUUGCUGAGGAGGCAGGUUUCACUGACGUGCCCCUAUUUGAUUUCAGAGUCCCCGGUGUGACAUCUAUCUCUUGUGACACACACAAGUACGGGUUUGCUCCAAAGGGUUCCUCAGUUUUGAUGUACCGUAACGAGGAUUUAAGAAUGCAUCAGUACUACGUGAACACUGAGUGGACGGGCGGUCUGUAUGGGUCCCCGACACUGGCUGGGUCCAGACCUGGGGCGCUAGUCGUCGGAUGUUGGGCCACGAUGGUCCACAUGGGUCAAGCUGGGUACAUUAAGUCUGCGAGAGACAUCUUGCAGGGGGCACGUAAUCUGAGAGAGUACAUUGAGGAGCGACUUCCAGCUUUGCAAAUCAUUGGGAACCCUCGGUUCUCUGUUGUUGCCUUUACUUCGAAGAGUCUCGACGUCUACGAGUUGUCGGACAAACUAUCCAAGCGUGGGUGGCACCUGAGCACGUUACAGAAACCAGCUGCAUUGCACUUAGCGGUAACGCAGUUGUCCGUACACUCAAUCGACCAGCUAUGCAAAGAGCUGACAGAGGUGGUGGAGGAGAUAUCGGCGAACACAGACUCCAAACCGUCCUCAGAUGGUACUUCUGCCCUAUACGGUGUUGCUGGCAGUGUUAAGACGACAGGGAUUGCAGACAAGUUAGUCGUUAGUUUCCUGGAUGCUCUUUACAAACUGAAACGGAGUGAAUGA